GCUCCCGGGGCCCCAGCGGCCGCCCGGCGCGGCCCGGCGCAGUCGGCUCUAGUGGUCUCGUAACGGAGAGUUGUUCCCGGCCGUGCCGUCCUCCGCCGCUGUCGCUGGGCUGCGCCGCCGCCGUCGCCAGGACGCGCCGCCGAGCCCCUCGUCGCCUCCAACCCCGCGGCCUCCGUUCACCUCGACUUCCACACGCCCAUCAUGACGAAGACUGAGAAGAAAUCCUUCCACCAGAGCCUGGCCGAGUGGAAGCUGUUCAUCUACAACCCGAGCAGCGGAGAGUUUCUGGGGCGCACCUCCAAGAGCUGGGGUCUGAUCUUGCUCUUCUACCUAGUGUUUUAUGGGUUCUUGGCUGCACUCUUCACAUUCACAAUGUGGGCCAUGCUCCAGACUCUGAAUGAUGACAUUCCAAAAUAUCGAGACCAGAUUCCUAGUCCAGGACUUAUGGUUUUUCCCAAACCACAGACUGCCUUGGAAUAUACAUUCAGCAUGUCUGAGCCACAGACUUACAAAAAGUUCGUUGAAGACCUGAAGAGUUUCCUAAAGCCAUAUUCUGUGGAAGAACAGAAGAACCUCACAGAUUGUCCUGAUGGAGCGCUUUUUCGUCAGAAUGGUCCUGACUUUAGGGCAUGUCAGUUUCCAGUCUCCUUGCUUCAAGAAUGUAGUGGUGUGAAUGAUGCUAAUUUUGGCUAUUCCAAAGGACAACCUUGUAUUCUUGUGAAAAUGAACAGAAUAAUCGAGUUAGUCCCAGACGGAAAUCCACAAAUAUCGUGUAUACCAAAGGAAGGAAACGGAACAGAUAUAGCUACUUAUCCUGAAUUUGGACUUAUAGACUUAAAGUAUUUUCCAUAUUAUGGAAAAAAACGGCACGUUGGAUAUCGACAGCCCCUAGUUGCCGUCCAGGUCAAAUUUGACUCUGGUGUUAACAAGAAAGAAGUAACAGUUGAGUGCCAUAUUGCUGGAACCAAGAACCUACAAACCAAGAAUGAGCGUGACAAGUUCUUGGGACGUGUUUCGUUCAAAGUCACAGCACGUGCCUAGGAAUAGGAUGUCUCCACAGAAUACAUGUUGUGUUGUCUCCAUUUGUAUCAGCUGGACCUGCCAUUUUAGGAGUAUGAGGCCACCUUGGAGGAGGAAGUGAUGUGGUACACACUUGGGUGACAUCAUAACAUGCUUCCAGAUCAUAGUGUUCAGUGUCCUCUGAAGUAACUGCCUGCUGCCUCUGCUGCCCUUGAACCCAUGUACGGUCACCAGACAGGGACCAGUGAGCUCCCGAUCCCACACACGCAGAGUGGGGUCUUGUCUUCUGUGUGUAAUUGCCAAACGUCUAAAGCUUCAUGUGCUGGGCUGUGUAAAUAUUUUAUGGAUUUAACACUGGUAACUGCAUAUUUUGAUGCCAACAAAGUUUUAGGGAUAAAAUGGUACCUUGCCAACAUCGAGUGACUUUAGCUGGAAGAAAUGUGUGAGAAAUUCUGUAUGUGAGGAGGGAAAAGGAAAAUAAAGUGGAUCUGAAAGUAGACUCUGCUUCUUUCUGCGCAUGUGUGAGUGCUGCGCAUGUGUGAGUGCUGCGCAUGUGUGAGUGCUGCGCAUGUGUGAGUGCUG